AUGGUUUGCCCCAUCUGCUUUGAAGAGCCCGCGGAAGCCGUACAGUAUGCGACCAUGCACAACCACAGCUGGCAGAACCGCCCCUGCGAUGGCCACGGCAUUUGCUGGCCUUGCUUGCGCCGGCACGCGGAGAUCCAAAUCCUGCACGAGGGGCGGUUUAGCCUGAGGUGCCCAGGCGAUGAGGCUUGCAACUACCGCUUGAUACCGUUGGACGUGGACCGUGCGCUGGAAAGCUCCGAGCUUCAAGAAGACGCGCUUGGCCGCUACGAGCAGCUGCGGUCGGAGUGCCACCAGCAGAGGCUUCAGGAGCUGCUGGAAGCGAAGGAGCGUGACGCCUCCGAGGCCUGGCUGUUGGAGGCGUCCCAGCCCUGCCCGCAGUGCCUGGCCCUGGUGCGCCGGGACGCGGGGUGCCUCCACGUCUUCUGCCGCUGUGGCUGCGACUUCUGCUUCGCCUGCGGGGGGCCGUCGGUGGAGUGCAUCUGCCCCUUCAUAGAGAAGGACGACAAUGAGGAAUUAAUCUUCGCGGCAUGGCUUCGCAGCUCCGAGGAGAGCCCCUACGAGUGGCUCUGGGACUUCCGGGCCGCCCAGGCGAAGGAUGACGGGAAGCUGCUGACGUCUCUGCACUUCUGGCUCUGGAUGGCCUACCUGCCGGUGCCUUUGCCCUGGGAGGCCCCCCAGCCAGAUGUGGAGGGCUGGGCCAGCCCGGCGGUGGCUGAGCUGCCGGCCAUCCAGUGGCGGAAGGCGGUGGCGAGCAACGCCUUCACGGAUGGAUACUACACCGAUGAUGAGGACGAUGAGUAUCUUUUUGAGGAUGACGACUUGUGGAUGGCCGAGUACGGCAAGGUGCCGACCAAGCCCUGGCGUGGCGGCGGUGUAUCUGCGCGCGUCAUGCGCCGGGAGGACCGCUUUGUGAAGGGGCCUAUGCGCUGGAAACCGCAGAAAGCCUGGACCUCCUCCGGGGACGCCGUCUUCACCUACGCGCCGCACCACCGCCGCCGCCAAAAGGCGGAGGUCGCCCGGGCGGCGCGCCCGGGGGCGCGCAAGGCCGGCGAGGUGCGGCGCGUGCGGGCGCUGCGGCGGCGGCAGUUCGACGUGGAGGUCUAG